AUGCCGACUCAAUAUGAGCUGCUCGCAUUUCCGCCGGUUUGUGAUAGCAAUGAAGGACGAGACCAAGUACCUUGUUCAAAACAAGAAAGUAUUGCUUCACAGCAGAUUCUCAAUGAUCAUUAUGUCAGGGAGUCCGGUUAUGCUACGACUGUGACCACGUCUCGGCAGCAGAAAAUUGUCGAUGCCGCUACUUCGGACGCUGCUGAUAUAUCUCCUGCAGACUUUCUCUUUAUACUUCCAGAGAGGGACCAUCAGCUAAUCGAGCAAGGAGUCAAGUCGUUAGAGAUUCGACUUAACGACGUUCCGUACUCGCUCAUACACGUAAAUGACCGGAUCACAAUCAACGGCAAAACCUCUACAACCGUAGCAGCAAUUCGCAGAUACGCUACAUUGCAAUCCGUUUUGGAAGCGGAAGAUGUGAAAGCACUGCUACCGCAAAUUUUCGAGGAAGCUGGGACUGUUGAUACAGCAGCCGCGGCAGAGCGUCAGUAUCGCCAGUUUUUUAGCGCCGACGAAGAAGCGAAUUGUGGCUUAACAUUAUUUCAAUUUGCCAAAAGCUCAUCCAAGUCAAAAACUUCGGAGGAUUGGAGCGAAUUCUUAUUGCGGCACUUAGAGACGAAAGGUGCUACUGGGUGCUCAUUAGCAGACCUUCGCUUUGCUGUUCCAUCACUCACGAUCGACCAAAUCAUGGAAGUCUUGAUGAAUCUGCAGUUCGAUGCACUUGUCGUAUGCAAAUCAGGCAAUUAUCGUGUAGUGUAA